GCCGAGGUUUCCGCCAGUUCCCCGGCGGCCGGGGAGGUUGCUGAGCUGUGCGCUCGGUCCCAGCUCUUUCGUUUGUGAUGGCCGCGGCUGUCGCUAUGGAGACGGAUGAUGCGGGAAAUCGACUUCGAUUUCAGUUGGAGUUGGAAUUUGUGCAAUGUUUAGCUAACCCAAAUUACCUGAAUUUUCUUGCCCAAAGAGGUUACUUCAAAGACAAAGCUUUUGUUAAUUAUCUUAAGUAUUUGCUUUACUGGAAAGAACCAGAAUAUGCCAAGUAUCUAAAGUAUCCUCAGUGUUUACACAUGUUAGAACUGCUCCAAUAUGAACAUUUCCGCAAAGAACUGGUGAAUGCUCAGUGUGCGAAAUUUAUUGAUGAGCAGCAAAUUCUGCACUGGCAGCACUAUUCUCGGAAGAGGAUGCGCCUUCAGCAAGCCCUGGCAGAACAGCAACAGCAAAAUAACACGUCAGGAAAAUGAAAAGCUGGACCCAGAACACGCUCUUAAGCAAAUGUAUAUAUGACUUGUACAGAGAAGACUUUUCCCACUUUUUAUUGUGAAAGCAUCUAGAACCUUUAGCGUGCGGUUUAAGUCAAUGAACUUUUUUGUUAAUUGUUAAAUCAGAAUUGUUCUUUGAUUUA